UCCCUGUUGGUCUGUCUUUUGUGCGCCUGCGCUCCGCCUCCACUCGAUGACUGGUCUGUGUUGUUAUGGAGUGCUGACAGGCACGUGAGCAGUGCUACGUCAUCGUAAACACCAGCGGGCGACAUGGCGGCUCCUACAGCUGGCAAGGUUGUGUAUGAGCAAGAUGGCAUUUUUAUUCACUCGAGCACCGAAGACCAAGAUUCCCUCAUUUCAGGCAUACUUCGGAUUAUUGAAAAGGAUGGUGAAUUAGUGGUGGAAUAUAAACCACUGGAAGAUGGUGUUGAUUUAUCAAAUAUGCUUUAUGCUGGAAAGGAUUCCAGUUCAGUUGUAGAAUGGACGCAGAGUCCCACAGACAAGACACAAAAGAAUGCAGAACAUCAGCACAGCUGUGAAGCUGAAUGGGACAUGAUCAACACUGUCUCCUUCAAAAAGAAACCUUACACAAAUGGAGAAGGGACAUCAAACCAUGUACAUGAAAGAAGCAAAUGGGCCUUCUUCUUUAAUGUGAUUGACCUGAAAACAAUCAAAAUAAAGUUGGAGGGCUGGUCACAUCUCGUCUUCUGCCUUAAAGACGAAACUUCCUUACCUGCCCUUCAUUUCCAUCAAGGAGGCAGUGAUUUGUUCAUAGAUUGCCUUAAGAAAUAUGUGCUGAUAAAUGAGUCUCUAUUUGAUGAAAGAGUUUUAAUUGUCAGCAACUACAACAAGGCUCUUUCUCAGUCCUUUGAGAACUUAUUUGAUGAUACCACGUUUGGCCUUGUUCAAAAAUUUAGGAAAGAUCCUUACACAACAACAAUGGGAGGCUUUUCUAAAGUUACCAACUACUUAUUUGAUGCAUUUAGAGGGGCUGAUGUUGAACACCAACAACGACCAGCCGCAGAAAUGGCAGACAUUCUGAAUGAGGUCAUUCCAGGGCUUGAAAUCAACCAUCAGGAGGAGCCAGGCUUUGAAGUAAUUAAAAGAAUUGAUUUGGGCACAAAGCCAGAUGUUCAGAGAAGAGAACCAGUUUCUGUUGAAGACUGGACUAAGAAUAUGGACACAGAAGGAAGAAUACAAAAUGUUCAUGAUUUAAAGCAAAGAAUUUUCAAUGGGGGACUUUGCCAUGCAGUAAGAAAAGAGGCUUGGAAAUUUUUGCUGGGUUAUUUUCCUUGGAACAGCACGAGAGAUGACAGAAAGGUUUCGCAAAAAAGAAAAACUGACGAAUACUUCAGAAUGAAACUCCAGUGGAAAUCAGUCAGCGAAGAGCAAGAAAAAAGAAAUUCAAGAUUAAGAGAUUACAGAAGCCUCAUAGAGAAAGAUGUGAACAGAACAGACCGAACCAACACGUUUUAUGAAGGUCCAGAUAAUCCAGGACUUAUUUUACUUCAUGAUAUUCUGAUGACGUACUGCAUGUAUGAUUUUGAUCUUGGGUAUGUUCAGGGAAUGAGUGAUUUACUUUCUCCAGUUCUUUAUGUAAUGGAAAAUGAAGUGGAUGCCUUCUGGUGUUUUGUGUCCUUCAUGGAUCAGAUGCACCAUAAUUUUGAGGAGCAGAUGCAGGGGAUGAAGACCCAGUUGAUUCAGCUCAGCACUUUACUGCGCUUGCUAGACCUUGCAUUCUGGAAUUACCUUGAAUCGCAAGAUUCAGGAUUCCUCUACUUCUGUUUCCGGUGGCUUCUAAUCCGCUUCAAACGGGAGUUCAGCUUCCAGGAUGUACUGCGGCUAUGGGAGGUGAUGUGGACUGGAUUGCCUUGCCAAAACUUCCACCUGCUUGUUUGCUGUGCCAUAUUGGAUUCUGAGAAACAGAAAAUAAUGGAUGAACAUUACGGAUUUAAUGAAAUUCUCAAGCACAUCAACGAGCUUUCCAUGAAACUGGACGUGGAAGAGGUACUUCGCAAAGCUGAGGCAAUCUGUUUUCAGAUCAAAAAUUGCAAGGAUUUACCUUAUGCAGUUCGUGAGAUCCUGGAAGUGAUACCUGACACAGCAGCUCCUGCAGCAGAAAUAUGUGAACACAGAGCACUUGGUACCAGGAGCCCACCCAAUGCAACUUGCACAGAUGAGUUACAGCCAAACCCUGUGCCAAAUGGAAGGGACGGAAAUUCAGGGCGCAGGGAGACUGCACCACAUGUUUAUGAAUUGGCACAUGUAUAGAACUGGAAAACCUGAGCAGUCUUUAUACCAACAACAUUUUUGUUUCCCACCAACCUCAAAGAUACAAAGGGUUUGAUUUUAAAUAUUUGGUUGGUAAUUUAAAAACGUUUCUUAUACUUUGGCACUGUUGAUAAUGAAAAAAAUGAUCAACAAAGAUUGAAGAUCUAAUUAUUUUUGUAAUUACUUGUACCAUUAUGUCCUUUCAUUCUAAAUAAGCAUUCCUUUUCGCUUAUUGAUGAUACAUAUAUUUCUUACUAUAAAGAAAGUUGGGGUUCAGAUCAGGUUGAUCUUUUUUAAUUAAAAUGUUCUGAACCAUGUAUUAAUACAUUUUAAAUCUUGGUAGUUGUAACAAAGUUGAUCGGCUUUGUAAAAAUAAAAAAAAGGGUUAAAGGAGAGCAGUUGUGAUAAUCAUGGAAUGGUAUAAUCAUGGACAAGAAGAACAGUUUUCAUGCUAAUUCUAAGGUGCAUAUGACAGUAUUGCUUGUGGAAAUGUUGAUUGAAGACACAUAGAAAUUAUUCUAAAGACCGCAUUCAUUAAUGUUUUAUCUUACAGCAAGAAUGCAAAAGAGUGAAGCUACUUACACAUUUGAACUGCACAGCCUGACAAUAAGUUUGUUUUCAUUCAUAUAUGUAUAUUCAAACAAUAUGCUCAAAAAUUACUUUACAUUGUGAUCAGUAUAAUUAUUUGACUUCUAUAAAUUAUAGUUACUGAAAAGCAAGGUACAGUGGGUAUUUGGAUAUAUACAGGUGUAUAUGCUCAAUGAACUUACUGUAUGUGUUUGAUCAUUCUUUCGAUAAAGAAAAAUGUUACAGACUUAUGUACCUACUUUAACGUGAUUUGUAUGCUUUGUAUAAUAGUGUCACAGUGUUCAGCUGUAAUUUUCAAUUGAUAGAGCUUACAAUUGAGAUGGUUUUAAGUGGCUUCGACAAUGUGUAAACAGCUUUUGUCAUGUUGGCAGUUCAAAGUUGUUAGAACUGUCAAGGUAAACAUUUUCUUCAACAGAGUUUGCAGACUACCUGUGAAUAUGAAAACUAACUUAAAAAUAAACGAAGCAAAGCAACUUCUGCAACUAUUUUUCAUGUAACUACGAACUUUUGCAACUGUAUGCCAUCAUAUUGCAUUUUGUUUAAAAUACAUGGCACAUCAAACACUGUUGUAUUCAUCUUUUGUAAAGGAAAUGUACUUUAGGCAGGAUGUGCGUUGUAGUGUUGCAGCUAGCGAUGGUCUCUUGAUCUGACUGUGAUGUUGAAUAUAUCACUGACCAUACAGCUUUCCCUAACACACACGACUUAGGAGCAGAUUGCAGAAGGGUGCUGAAGUAUUAAAAAAAUAAAAAAAAAUAAGGCAACAAAGAAAAAGAAAAAGCUGUUGACUGAAAUCUCUUUAAUCUGUUCAUAAGACAUCAUCAGAUUCAUAAAGAGGUAUCUAAGGCUUACUCCCAUCUCCAGGCUUUUUCAUAUCCUGUCCCACAGGAAAUUGCUUCACUUUUAUGAUAGCUUUUUGUUCCCUGUAAUACUUUUUCUCUUAUCUUUUUUUCACUAGAACAAAUGUGCCUGUUUUGUUUGUUAAAAAUAGAAUGUUUUUUUGUAUUUAACCUUAAAAGCUUGAAUAAAAAUUUGUUAAAGUUA